UCAGGAUCGAGCGCCCAGCAGCCGAGUCUGGAAAUUCAGCCUAAUCAAAGAGUCGUCACGAAAGAAGUGGACGGCAGCUUAGCCCUGACGUGCCGACCCAACGUUCCCGACCCCGGUCUGGUGACGCAACUGGAGUGGAGAGAUCCGCUCGACAGGAGGAUAGACACCACGAAUCGAGCCAGUCCCAUUUAUGUCCAGAAUUUACCGGGAGAACCUGGAGCCGUUUUGAUUUUCUCGAAGCUGACACAAAAUCAAGGAGGAAAAUAUACAUGCCAUGCCUUUUACGCCAACACAGAACCACUCACUGCAUCAAUAGAACUCAAUGUGUACAUUGACAUCAACUUCAUUGACGCUCCUGAAAACCAGUAUCCCGUCGUCGGCAAAGACUUUGCUGUCAAGUGCAAAGUGCAAGGCAACCCUGCACCGAUCAUCGAAUGGAACAAAAACGGCGAAAUCAUCUCGACCAGCAAGAAAUACGUCGUUGGACCCGAUCAACUGCUCAUCAAGAACGUCACAGAAGCAGACGACGGUGUUUACAAAUGUAUGGCUAUCGAAGUUACCACGGGACAAUUCAAGACGAGGAACAUCAAGGUUGAAGUUCAAGUUCCACCGAAAAUCCAACCGAUGGACACCAUCACCAUCAUUGAAGGUGAAACCGCCUCUGUGAAAUGCUCUGCUACCGGAAAACCUCCACCGACUUACCAAUGGAUCAAGCUCAAAGACCGCCAAGACCUGUCAGUCACAGACAGAUUCGACGUGAAGAAGAACACCGGAGAUCUCAUCAUGAACCGAGUCGAGUUCAACGACGAUGGGGUCUACAAAUGCAUCGCCGAAAAUACAGUGGACAGGGUGGAAACAACCGUCAAGAUCAAUGUUUUAGUCAAACCUAAAAUCUACGAGCUGAUCAACAUCACUGCACCUAUCAGAGGCCAAGCUGAGAUAGUGUGCAAAGCCUAUGGCAGGCCUCCGCCCAGAAUAGUUUUCAGGAAACUCAGCAGGCAUGAACCGUUCAGAGUAGGACAACAGCUUGAUGACAGGAGGAUCACUUUGGAGCAGCAGUUCUUCCAGGAGAAAGGCGAAUCCUACGGGACUCUCAUCAUAUCCAAUUUGAGCAGGACCGAUGAUGGAUUGUAUGAAUGCAUCGCUGAUAACACUGCUGAGACUGCAUACAAGAAUGGGCAUAUCGCCAUAGAGUUUCCUCCCACGUUUGAAAGAACCAAGGACUUGCCACCUGUUUGGAGUUGGGAUAACAAACCUGGAAACUUGAGUUGCUUACCCGAAGCUAUACCCAACGCCACGAUUAUCUGGAAAUAUGGUGGUAUAGAAAUCCAGGACGGUCCCAACUUUCAGAAAAUCGGUAAUGGCCCGUCGUCUUUCCUUAUUGUCAAACCUUACAAUGACAAACGACUGUUCACGCAGUAUGAAUGCUUCGCCUCUAACAAACUGGGUCAUGCUAGUAUCAAAUUGUUGUUGAAACAAGCUUUUGUACCUGGACCGGUAUCCCAAGCUAAGGCUGAGCAUCAGACGGCUACCACAAUCAAGUUCAGUAUCAUUCCUGCUAAUAAUUUCGAUGGAUUGCCGCUGAGAUCUUAUACUGUGAAGUAUAAGCCAGAAAGAGAGCUGUCUUGGGAUUAUGCCAGGAAUCAUACAUGGAGUUAUGGUGCCCCAUACAUACUGGAAAACCUGACACCAGAAGAAACAUACCACUUCCAGUUCGCAGCUAGAAAUGACGUGGGAAUGGGAGCUUUCCAGAAUGCAGGAUCAGUGACUAUGCCUCGUAGAUCGGUUCCUGCCGAACCGAAAAUUUUGAUGGAAUCUCACAGGGUUAAAGACGAGAAUAACAGCAAUAGAGAAGAUAUGAUUGCGCUGAGUCCAUAUGCUGACCACUUUGAAUUGAGGUGGGGCGUUCCAAAUGAUAAUGGAGAACCAAUCCAAUUCUAUUUAGUCAGAUAUUGUGUGACCGAAAAAAUAAGUGGUGAAUGGCAUGACAGGGACUGCAGCGAACAAGAUCAACAAUCCGUUCAAUACACUCAUUACCAACUAGGAAACUUACAUCCUGACACAAUCUACAAGAUCGAACUGCGUGCUCGAAAUGCUAUAGGAGACAGUUUGCCGGCUCAAAUUAAAGUUAGGACAGCACGAGGUAUUGACCCUAUUGUACCUGUCCAAACUGCGGCAAUGAGUAGUGCAACCAUUAUUGGAAUAGUCGUGGCCGCCAUUAUUUUGGUGCUAAUAGUUCUGGAUAUCACGUGUUACUUCGUGAAUCGUCUUGGAAUAAUAGCGAUGUGUUGCAAUGCAAGGACCAAACAUGCCGAUGAGGAAGAUCCGAAAUUGGGAAGUGAGGAACGUGAGCCAUUGAAGGGAGAAGAAAAGCAAAUGUCUGUGGAAUUCGACGGAAGAUUUGUUCAUUCAAAAUCUGGGGAAAUCAUUGGAAAACACUCUGCAGUUUAG